AUGGUAGAGUCGAAGCAGCCGGCCCAGUGGGCCGUAUUGUUUGUCACUUUCAUUUUUGCUGCCAUUGCCAUCUUUUUUCGUCUCUUUAGUCGUCGUAUAACAAGAGCGUAUUUCUGGUGGGACGAUGCUUUUGCGAUUGGUUGCUUUGUUGUUGCCAUUGUAUGGGUGAUUAUUGUCUGCAUAUGGCAAACCAAGGGUCUGGGUAUGCACAUCGAAGAUGUGACUUGGCUCUCCCAGGAUGAGGCUCUCUACUGGACCAAGUUGCUGCUCUACAUUGCCGAGCUAUUUUAUGCAUUUGCCCUAUUCUUUGGAAAGAUGUCAAUCCUGUCGUUCUACUGGCGCCUUUUCUCGGUUUCGAACAUCAAACUGCCAAUUCAGAUUCUGAUGGGCUGCUCAAUCAUCUGGAUCACCAUCAGAACAUUCUUGGCCAUCUUCCACUGUAUACCCGUCGAAGCUUUCUGGCUCACAAUCCCCGGCUCGUACUGCGCUAUCGACGAUAAGAAGUUCUUUUUUGGCAGCAUCUUGGUCCACGUGGUUCUGGAUGUGUGCAUCCUCGCUCUGCCCAUCAUUCAGGUCCGCCAGUUGCAGCUGCCGAAGCUGCAGCGACUCGGAAUCAUCGCCAUGUUCAUGUUCGGUAUCUUUAUUUGUGUCGCUGCUGUGGCCAUCAUUGUCACGUCAGUCAACUUCAACGCUGCGGCAAUCGAUCUCACGUGGAACAUCACGGAUAUCGUGAUCUGGGCCACCGUGGAAGUCAACCUCGUCACAGUCUCAGCUUGUCUCCCAACCGUGCGACCGGCGUUCACGUAUUUCUUCGGCCGCUUCCUGCCUGCAUCGACGCUGAAGUCGGGCUCUAACAGCUAUGGCAUCAGCAACAAAUAUGGACGCAGCCAGAACCUCAAGUCCAUCAAGCUGAACACCAUGCCCAAGAAGGAGGACGAGUCGAGCUCGACCUACCAACUGAAUGACUCUGUCCACGGCGACAGCCACAGCGACUUUGAGUCACACGCCCUGGACAGGCAAAAGGGCACCCGAACCGUCAUCACGGGCCGUCAGAACGAGCGACACUCGGACGAGGAGAUAGAGAACCCCUUCGCCGGCAACGGAAUUCAGGUCCGAAGCGAGACCGUGGUCCAGGUGUCCAGCGGCCGCCGCAACAGCACUAUCCGGGUGGGAAGCCCCGACCACGAGAACGGUUCUCACAUGCGCACUCUGGAUGAGAGAUCCCUGCCAUAA